AUGUCAUUCGAAGACUGGAAAGAGAUGAUGCUUCGCAAGGCCGGGCAGGAUCCAUCCGAGUUGAAAAGUCGCCGGACAUAUGAUCGAGGUGAAGAUCAUGAUGGAGCAGCGAAGACCUCGGGGCUGGACUGUCUGGGUGACGAUGGCGAGAUUGAUCUAAAUUUCGACGUUGUCUCGGAGAAAAUCAGCAACAUUGCAUCGGCGCCGCAAGCAUUACCAACUGAGCCGCGAGCGUCAGACCUCCAAGAACCGGUGCUCUACGACGAUGGCAGAACCCAAUACGAUCGAAGCAAGGAUGCUGGGAAGACUUGCAAAGAACGAUUCUCGUACUCGUCAUUUGAUGCUGGUGCCACAGUUCUGAAGACAAACAAGGGUGCGAAGAAUGCGAAAGCCAUCUUAGUCGAAAACAAGGAUUCCUAUAUGCUUUUAGAGUGUUCGGCGGAAAAUAAGUUCGUUAUCGUGGAGCUGAGCGAUGACAUUUUGGUUGACACUGUGGUGCUCGCCAACUUUGAAUUCUUCUCGAGCAUGAUCCGGCAGUUUCGAGUCAGUGUCAGCGACAGAUAUCCUGUUAAGGUCGACAAGUGGAAGGACCUUGGCACAUUCGAGGCAAAGAACUCUCGAGACAUACAGCCUUUCCUUGUACCCAACCCUCUGAUCUGGGCAAAGUAUGUCCGCGUUGAGUUCUUGAGCCACUAUGGGAACGAGUACUAUUGCCCGGUGUCUUUACUACGAGUCCAUGGCACUCGAAUGUUGGAGUCCUGGAAGGACACCGAGACACCCGCCGACGAAGAGGACGUAGCUGAUGAACCGCCAGAGAGCAUUUCCGGCUCUGCCGUUCGGGCGAGACCAUAA